CCUUGUCUUUUAACUUGCAGCUUUGUGUUGUUCUUGGAAAGUUUCGCACCACUUGUGAAUUCCCUGAACCUUGGCCUUGCCGGCCCCCUUGUGUUGGGCCCUCCUCCCUUUCAGCUUGCCCAAAUUAAGACCCACUUGGCUCUGCAGUCGUGGUCCUCGGUGUCCGGCGGCGGCGCGGCCCCUGCCCACGCUGGGUUCCGCCAGGCAUUGCCCAAAGACGCAAUGUUUAGCCCCAGAGGAACCUUGCCCCCCCGGCCCAGGGGACCCAACCCCUCGGGCAGCAAGCCUCCGGGAUCCUUCGGGGGAGGAGGGGCGGCCGGGCCGCAGAGGAAACCGGCGCCGGGAGCCCCCCAGGCAGCGCCCCAGAGACCCCCGGGCCAGGACUCGCUGCAGUGGACGGGCUCCCAGAGGAUCAACGUGCGGGUCACGCUGCACAGGGCGGAUCCCAGGAAGGUCAAGGAGAAGAGCAGCCUGCACCAGGAGCAGAAGGGAGACCCUCGCCCCAACCGCUGGGACAGCGGCCCGUGCCCGGCCGGGACGGCCGCGCCAAAGCCGCCGGUGCCGGUGCUGGAGCAGAACUCGAGCGCCCAGAACCGCUACACACCCGAGAGCGCCUCCAGCAUUUUAGCGAGCUUCGGGCUGUCCAACGAGGACCUGGAGGAGCUCAGCCGCUACCCCGACGACCAGCUGACCCCGGAGAACAUGUCCGGAGGGGGCCACAAAGGCUUCCACUCCGAGGGGCCCAUCAAGUCCCCGUUCGGGGUGGUGAAGGCGUCCUGGCUGCCCGUGUUCUCCGACUCCCAGAAGAGCAAACGCCUGCCCACCCCGUCCAUGAUGAACGACUACUAUGCGACGUCGCCGCGAAUAUUCCCACAUUUGUGUUCUCUGUGUAACCUUGAAUGCACUCAGAUGAAGGACUGGAUCCUGCACCAGAACAACCCCUCCCACAUCGAGAGCUGCCGCAAGCUCCGCCAGCAGUACCCGGAAUGGAACCCCGAGGCUCACUCCUCCAGCAGCUCCCGCUCCCACCGCUCCUCCAGCUCCGAGCGCUCCUCACGCAGGUCCAGCCGCUCCGAAGACAGAAAGGCAGCACUCGAGGCCGUCAUGAAAACCCUGGGGCCGGAGUUCCUGGCAGAGUUCAAGAAACACAAAUCACUUCAGGCAGCUGUGCAGGGGUCCUUGGGAUCAGGAAGAUCCUCAUCCACUCAUGGCCCCCCGGGGAAGGUGUCUGGGAGCGUGAAGAAGCCACUGAAGACAAGUGCUGCCCCAAAGGCUCCCAAGAAGGACGGGUCUGCUGCACCUGGGCCGAGUUCUGCCUCGGCCAAAACGGAGGAAUCAGCCCAAAACAAGGAGGGGGAAGAGGAUGAGGAAGAUGAAUCCGCAGGGAGCAGCAAACCUCAGUCUGCUUCUUACAACAGGCUGCUGAGGGAGGACCUGCUGAGCUGCGGGACCGUCCUGCAGAUCUCGGACCUGCCCGACGACGGAUUUUCGGAUCAGGACAUCAAAAAGCUGGUGCAGCCCUUCGGCAAAGUGAGCGACCUGAUCGUGCUGCGCUCCAGGAACGAGGCCUACCUGGAGAUGAACUACAAGGAGGCCGUGAUCGCCGCCGUCAAGUUCGGGGAGACGCAGCCGGUGCUGCUCAACGGGAAACGCAUCCGGAUCAGCGUGGCCGAGAAACCCCGGGCACCCCCCGGCCAGGUCAAAAAGACCAUUAAAAAACGAAUUCUGACUGUUAAAAAAACUUCAGCAAGUACCAAAAAAGUUCCAACCACCAGCACCAAGACCCCCAAACCCCCCACAGGUAAAAAGGAAAAGCUCAAGAAAUCAGCAGUGCCAGGAGAACGAAAGGUGAAGAAACCUCCAGGUGCUGCAGAACCAGCCGAGGAUGGAGAUGCCGAGCCCUCGGCAGAGCCCGGGGUGGGAGCUGAGGGAGCGGAGCCGUCAGAUCCAAAGAGUGUCCCGGAGGAGGAUGGAGCCCCAGAGCCUGCAGUGCCCAUGGAGAGCCAGCCCCACCCCUCACCUGUGCCAGAACUGCUCCCUCCCUGUUUUCCAGAGCCUCCAGGAACGGGCACACCGGGCGAGGAAUCCACAGAUCCAGCCAGGAAGGACCCCGAGGACCUGUGUGUGGUCCUGGUUUCCAACCUGCCCGACAAGGGAUAUUCCGUGGAGGAAGUUUCCAACCUGGCAAAGCCCUUUGGAGGCCUGAAGGAUAUGCUGAUUCUGUCCUCUCACAAAAAGGCAUAUCUGGAAAUCAACAGGAAAGCUGCAGAUUCCAUGGUGAAAUUCUACACCUGCUUCCCCAUGUCCCUGGAUGGAAAGCAGCUCUCCAUCAGCAUGGUGCCUCAGUACCAGACUGUCAGGGAUGAAGAAGCCAUAUUUACUGCCCUGAUUAAAGAUUCUGACCCUCAGGUGAACACUGAAUCCAUCCAUAACCAGUUUGUGCACCUGGGGAAUUUGCCAGAUGAUGGAUACAGGGAGCUGGAAGUGGUUUGUGUGGGGCUUCGCUUCGGGAAGGUCGACCAUUAUGUUGUGCUGAAGAACAAAAACAAGGCCAUCCUGCAGCUGGACACCCCCAGGUCAGCCCGCUCCAUGCACAGCUUCCUGCAGCAGUACCCCUACAGCAUGGGGGAGCACACCCUCAGCUGCUCCCUGUCCCCACGGGGGGACCCUGCCCAGGCCGAAGCUGGGAAGAGAGACCCGAAGAGAGAGGAAGGGAGCAGAGCAAGGUAUGGCCUGCAAGUGCUGGGGGGUUGUGUCUCCCUUUCCUUGGAAUGCCCUGUCCAUGAUCUGGGGGGUGCUGAGCCUCUCUCCAGCCCAGCUCCAUGGAAAAUCCUGCUGGGAGCUCCCCCAGCCGUGUCCCUGCUCCUCCCCCCGUGUGCUCUGUGUGUCCCCGCAGAGCCACAGUGUUUGGGAUUGCAUUCCCAACCCAUGGAAAACAGGAGGAAAUCCUCUUUUGUCACUGUUUUACUGCUCUGGGCAGGGUUUCCCCCCUGGGCUGGCAGGUGUGUCUGGCUCCAUGUGUUGGUGAGAGAAUUUGGGGGGUAUUUAACCCCCGAGGGUUUCUUUCAUCCUGCAGCUCCUCCCUCUGUCACAGCCCCUGGCUCUGUUCUUUCUUCCUGCCCACGGCCUGCCCUCGAGGUGCUGAGCGCUGGCUCGAAAAAAUCUCCCGAGGGGUCAGGAGUGGUGCCAAGAGCAGCUGCUGAUCCGCCAGGAGAGCCCAGGGGGGCAAAGAGAGGAGCCACUCCCGCCUCCAGUGGCACGGAGGAGAUCCCAGCGGGACAGACGGAGCCCCCCGAGCCCCAGCCGGGAGGAGCAGCCAGGGAGUCACCUGGGAGCCUGGCCCGGACGGCUGUGGAGGACGUGGAUACUGGGAUUGGUGUUCCCGUGAAACCUGCUGGCACCAGAUCACCUGCAGAGAGGUGGGAAGAGAAGCUGCUGCCGCCUUCCAGUGCGGGGACGGAAGAGGCUCCUAAAGGUCCUCCUGAACCAAAGCUGCUGGAGAAGGGAAGCAAGGAGGGGGAUGAAGAGUCGUCUGCCCCUGCCAUGGAAGCACUGGGAUCAUCCAGCAGGGCUGAGGGGGAUCCAGCGGGUCGUGGGGUGAUCCCAGCAGCCGGGGAGCCAGCGGGGGCCAGCCCUGGAGCAGUGUCCCCCAGGGAUGAGGGGGCUCCCAUGGACACGCUGUCACCUGCUGUCACCCAGCCAGCCAGCGAGCUGGCUGCUCCUGGGAAGAGCCCUGUUCCUGAGGCUGGGAAAAGCAACCCUGAAACGUCUGGAGCUCCGGUGGCCGAGAGGAGACCUGUCCCUAAAACCAGGGAGGCCCCAGGGAAGAGACUGGAUGUGGCUGGAGCAGAGGAGGGUGUGCUCAAAGCUGGACACACUGCGGAGGAGAACCCCGGGAAGCUCUUGGGCAAGGCUGGGGCAGAGCUGGAGAAGCAGCUUGGAAAAGCAGCAGCCAAGGCUGGGGCUGCUCUGGAAGAUGCUCCGAGUGCCGUCGGUGGGAGCAGCGCGGGAAGUUCGGCCAAAAGCCACCAGAACAAAGGGACGGGAGCGGCAAACCCCGACAGAAGCCACCCGGGAGCUCCACUGAGCCCCUUUUUAUCCCUCAAGGAGCCCGCUGUGGGUAAAACCCUCCUGAGGGCAGUGGUGUCUAUCCCGGAUAUCUUCAAGGCCAGGCCCCCAGCGAAGAGCAGCGAGCCCUCCCCGGGCAAAGGGGGGGAGCAGAACCCCCCCAGAGCCGAGGGCCAGGCAGGGGGGGACAAGAGAACCCCCUCCAAAGCAGCCCAGCCCACAGCAGGGAGCGCCCAGGGGAGAGGGAGCGGCAGCUCCACAGUGGAUGGACAGGGAGGCAGUGGGAGGAGCUCAUCCCAGCAGGAGAAGGACUCCCAGGUGGAAUCUAGGGCUGGUUCAAAACAGAGCCAAGAGGGAGAGAGUGGAGCCCCCGGCACGGAGGAGGACCCCGGCAGCACUCAGGGUCCUGGUGGGGACAGGACCAGUGGCGCUGGCAGCAGUGGGAAGCAGAAGGAGGAAGAAGAGCUGUUCCCGUUUAACCUGGACGAGUUUGUCACCGUGGACGAGGUGGUGGAGGAGGUGGAGUCUCCGGUCCUGCCGCGGCGAAACCCCCCCAGGGGCAAGAGGAAAGAGGGGGCCAAGCCCAGCCCGUCGGAGCCCGCGUCCAAGAGGAGGAAAGGGAAGAGCUCCGGGGCCAAGGGGGAGCCGUCCUUCGUCACCCUGGACGAGAUCGGGGAGGAGGAGGACGCGCCCGCCCCGCCGGGGGACCCCCAGGGGCUGCUGGUGGUGGACGAGGUGCUGGAGGAGGAGGAGCUGUCGGAGGCGGUGAAGGACCCGCAGGCCCUGCUCACCCUGGACGAGAUCUCGGAGCAGGAGGAGCCGGGAGCCCCCAGGGACCUCCCCCAGCCCGCCUUCAAGGAGCGGGACCUGAAGACCGAGCCCCUGGUGACGGUGGAUGAGAUCGGGGAGGUGGAGGAGCUGCCCCUGAAUGAGCCCGCCGAGCUGGGCGGGGAGGAGGGCAAGGCCGGCGCCGCAGACUUCGCGUCCUCGCAGGUGCCCGACGACCCCACGGCCCUGGUGACCGUGGACGAGAUCCAGGAGGACAACGAGGACAACCCCCUGGUGACCCUGGACGAGGUGAACGAGGAGGAGGACGAUUUCCUGGCGGAUUUCAACCACCUCAAGGAGGAGCUGAACUUCGUCACGGUCGACGAAGUCGGGGACGAGGAGGAGGAGGAGGAAAACGCGUCCCCAGGGAAGAGUGCACACAAGGAUGAGGAGGAGGAGGACAUCGUUGCUGUGGCAGGACCAGAAGAAGAGGAAAUCGCUGCCAGUGCAGGACCAGAGGAGGAGGACAUUGUUGCUGUUGCAGGACCAGAAGAAAUAGGAAUUUUGGGGGAUCCGAAUCCAGAAGAGGAAAUCUCUGCAAUCUCCAAGCCAAAAGCAGCUCAGCUGGGAUCAGGAGGGGCAGAACCAGAGCCCAAGCAGAAGAAAGCUCUGGGUGUCCCCAAGAUGCAGAGCACUCCCAAAGGGAAACCCAGAGGAACCACCCCAAACUCUCCAGGCUUUCCUGCCCUGGACAUCCUGGUGCCCAAGGCCGGGUUCUUCUGCCAGAUCUGCUCCCUGUUCUACGCCGACGAGCCCUCCGUGAUCCAGCACUGCCGGACCCCCCUGCACCGGCACAACAUGGAGCUCUUGGUCAAUGAAGUCUUCCAUCUGGGAGAUCUCCUGGUUGAUUAA